CAAGGGCUGGAGCGCCACGGCACAGCGUUGACGUUCUACAGCGAACGGCAGCUCACGUUGGCGCCGCAAAGAUCAAGGAAACGGAAAGGAGAAUGCAAAAGGGAUAUAUUUUUCCGAUCUUCAGGAGCUUGGGAAACAACUGAAUAAUAAUAUGUAAUGAUGGGGACGAAAAAGAGCCAGCCGUUGAAACGCUUCACGAAUGCCACGUAUUUCAUUCUUUGGAAACAUACCGCCAUCAUGUAAUCGUCCGAGCAGGAACGGAGGUAAUUGUCUGAACUUGUCGCGACUGUUCUUUAGGAGAAGUGGUUUUGAGAUUGUCCGGGUCGGAGAUGUUUCAACUAGCAACGAAGAAGUGUCUUCAAAAGUCUUGGUGCAAAGCCCUCGCGAGUCGACGUGCGCGACCGUCCCGUACCGCGUCGCAGGGACUGGCCCUUUGUUUUCUGACGUUUGCCGUUAUACUGCCAUUAUUCUGUCACCGAUCGCUUUACUCGUAUUACUUCAUGAAGUCCCUCUACCUGAAUUCUAUGAGCGACAGAGCUCUGGAAGAAAGUUACAGGAGAGGUCAAGAGGCGCUGCGUUUUUGGGAGGACCCCGGUGCGACGCUGCCCCCGGGUUUUGCCGGCGCGGGGGACCGGAAGGCGCCGGAGCUGUUGGUCACGGUGGUGACCGCCGCAAGGUACCAAGGCAAAGAAUAUCACUACUUGCUCCAGGUGAUGCGACGGCUGGCGUCGCUGACGGGAGCCUGCGGAGGACGGGCUUGCGCGGAAGUGCUGGUGUGCGAUGUGGAGACGGGCCCCCGGGGCAACGAAGACGCCGGCCUCUUGGAGAAAAGGGUCCGAGUGCUCCGAAGGUCCUCGGAAGAGAUGGAACAAGUCGCGCGUUCCCCUAAUAUCUUCGAAAAGGAGAAGAGGGACUACAUCUAUUGCCUGAGGAAGGGGUGGGAGCGGAUCCGGCCGAAAAACGUCGUCGUGCUCGAAGAUGAUGCUCUACCUUCGGCGGACUUUUUCCCCGUGAUUUAUAACUUGCUCUCCCGGCGGUUUUCUUCGCGGUCGCUCUACGUGAAACUGUACCAUCCCGAGAGGCUCCAGAGGUACUGGAACCCGGAACCUUACCGCAUUCUGGAGUGGGUGGGCCUCGGCCUGUUUGGGGCGACCGUCCUGCUCCUCGUCUCCGCUUCCUGCGCGGCCCUGUCCUUCUCCUUCUCGGCCGCGCACUUGAUAUUUCUCAUGCUCUACGUCAUGCUUGCCGUGGAGCUCGCGGGCAGACACUACCUUCUUGAGAUACGGCGCCUCUCCCCCCAGCUGUACGCGGUGUCCCCGGCCACGGAGUGUUGCACCCCGGCCAUGCUGUUCCCCGGCAACGCUUCGCUCCGGGUGGCGGAGUACCUCGACCGGGUGUUCUGCGCACGAGGUAGAGCCAAGGACAUAGCGCUGUACCAGAUCGCAAGGUCUCUUCCUGGAGAGCGAGCGCACAGCUUGGAGCCCAACCUCAUCACGCACAUUGGCGCUUUCUCUUCGAUAAGGGGCAAUCCCUCCCACCCUCAGUUACUGUGAGCGGAUCCGGCCGACGCUGGCAGGAUUACCGGUCGCCGACUCGCCGUGAAGAAUCGCUCGUCUUUGAUUCGUCGCGCCGUGUCCGCAGUUUACCCACGUGAAGCAUCACUUUGAAGACGCUGUUCAAUUAGCUCAAGUAAGUCUCUUCCACAUGGAAGUCUGACAGCAAGUGCCCCGUAGAACCGACGCAGGAUCACUUAUAACGCGGUCAAGGGUUAGACCGUUCUCUCUCUCUCUCUCUCGUUAUUUUUUGGCAAUGCAACGUUGUAGAAAUCCUAAAAAAAACUAAAUAGGAGCAGUAUUUUUGUAGCAUGGCGAGCGGUCGGAGGGACAGGACAAAGCGUGGGCAGCGGUUCCAUCCUCGGCAGGAUGGGCAGAUGUCGGGCGGAUGGCCAUAUCAUCCUUGCCAUCCUACUGCAGGAUAGAUUUGAAGGACUGCGAGUGACUAUCAAAAUAAAGUACAGGUGAAGCUUGUUACCUGACCGCGCCCCCCCCCCAGUCACGCAUGUCGUACUCAUCCACCGCCAGAGUUCAGCCGGGAGCGCCUGGCUGAGCUCGACAAUCCCCGUCCCACCUGGAGAAGAAAUUGGGCACCGCAAGGUCACCUCCCAGCCAGCGUACCAUCUGAAAAGAGAAAGGUUCCAAUGCCAGAUACCAACGUGCUGUGCUGGCAUCGGUGUCCUUCCUGGACUGCAACCGCCGGAGAGGAGCGCGAUCGGCGCGGAGGCGGAAGGGUCGGCCCAGGAGGUAAUACCAGAGGGCGAGGACUGCCCGCUUGGUUGCCAGGAACUCUUUCAAUGUUGAUACAAUGUUGUCGAGGUGACAGUUUUCAGGUGAUGCAGAAGAUGGCUAGUGCUCCCCUCCGACCUUCUGGGAGAGGACAGGUAACCGAGUGCCCGAUGCAGCAGUCUUUUUUUUUUUUUUUCCUGUAAUUAUAAAUGCAUAAAUGGGAUAUUUUUAUGCCUACCCAAACAUCCAGGUUAUAUCUUGUUCAUGCUGUAGUUUGAAAAUGAAUCACAGUCUGACAUCGUUGCAGUUAUUUUUGUAAGACUGUCGUUGCCGAUUUAAGUGCCUUAUACUGGAAUAAUCAGAAAAUAACCACAUUAACCAUACCAAAAACAAGGUUAUAAGAAUCUUGCACAACUGGAUAAUUGCAAACUAGAUUAAACCCAGUAAAGAAAAUAGGCAAUGGGCAAGAUGCACUUUUUCAAUUCUGCAUAAGGGAGGUGUGGAAGAAUAAGAAUAUGAAGGAAUAUUUAAUAUUUAUGAAUAUAUUUAAUAUAUACCACUUUGUUUUUAUGCACAAUCUUAAUGUAUAAGACUAAUGUGUUUUAUUAACAAAUAUCUUCAUAUUCUCUCAAAUUUACCUUUAAAAUACACCUGAAGAUUUUUUUAAAAGAAAUUUAAGUUUAAGAAAGUGAACAUGUUGAGCAAUAGCCCUAUUUUUGCUGUUAACAAAACUGUUUUCUUAAGUGACUUACAGGAGCAUUUAACUGUCUCCUGCUCUAUUCUAAUAGUGAAGCUUCAUUCCACUUGUGUGUGACCUUGCCUAUAGAAAUCUCAGCCUUUGCCUCAAGAGGACUAAGAGUGUGAGCUCAUGUAGGUAGUAGUGGUAUGUUCAUAAGUCAAAACUGAAAUUAUUUGUCCUUAAGAUUAUUACUUUCUUUCACAGAUAUUGGUACACAACCAGACAUUUAUAUUUGUACCAAGAUAAAUACAUAUUUUUCACUCAAGCAAUUAAGUAUUUUGAUCAUUAUUAGGUAUUAGUUCAGCAAUAAGAAACUUGUGAAGAUUCAACUAUAUAAAUAUCAAAUAUUAAUUUGAAAGCAUAAAGCAUGUGAAAUUUGAAUCACAAUAUAAUGCUGAAGGUUAGAAAGUAUUUUUAAAGAUGAAAAAAAUAGUGACAAGCAAUUGUUAAAUCAAAGCAAGCAAAUUCAGAGCCACAUGUACAAAGUCCUUCAGAAUUAAAGAAUGUAUUAGAGAGAGAGAGACACAGAGUUAUAUAUAUAUCCGCAACACAAUUAGAACCCACGAGCUCACUCUUUCAGGCCUUUCUGAACAUGCAGCAUUUAUAUGCUUGCAAAUCAGUUUUCAUGCAAGAAACAGUAUUUUUGCAAAAACAUUUAUUCUUAAGGCCUUAGUGAACAUACAUAACAUUUCUAAACAUUGCUAUCAGCUUUCAAGAAUAAAAAAAUGUUUUAUUCUUCAAUACCAUCCAUUGAAUCUAAGGUUGUGGCAUUGAUUCUUGUUCACCUAACAGGUUAACCUUCAUAGACAAACUUCAGAUUGAGCCUUAUUUUCUGUUGCUGUCUCCUCCUGAGAGAAUACCAAUGUCAGCCACAUUGACUUAUAGUUUACAAUGUGAAUAGAUAAAUUGCAUACAAUUGUUAUGUGAUUGGGGGGGGGGCGCAGUGGUGCAGCGGGCUUGGCUGGGUCCCGCUCUUUGGCGGAU